AUGCAUUUAUUGAAACAUAUUGUUCGUAAACAAAAGCAUGAUUGUACUUUUGUCAAUAAUAAUAACACUUCUACUACUACUAAUAACACUUCUACUAUUAAUACAAGUGUUAAACAAACUAAGCCUAGAAAGAUUUCCGAUGAGAUUAAUAAGAAAUAUUCAUCUCUGUUGAAGAAGUUAUUUGAGAAGGAAAAUACAUUAGAUAAGUACAAACUAAGUACAGAAGUAAAGGCACUUCUGAACAUUAGAAUCCAUCUAUGGCUAGAGUAUUACACAAUCAACAAAGCAAUCAGCACUAGUCAUGACAAUGAUUUGAAAACUAACUCGAAUACUAAUGAUUUCGAAUAUAUUGAUAGUUUUUCAGAAAUAAACAGUUUUUAUAAAUAA